AUGGAGAGGGUGACAAGGUUGGCAUCAGAGAGAUCAGUGGUGAUAUUCAGCAAGAGUAGUUGUUGCAUGUGUCACACGAUCAAAACUCUUCUAAGUGAUUUUGGAGUGAAUCCAGAAGUUCAUGAGCUUGAUGAGAUAAAUGGAGGGAGAGAAAUUGAACAAGCACUUUUAAGACUUGGAUGUAACCCUUCUGUGCCUGCUGUGUUCAUUGGUGGUGAGCUUGUUGGGGGAGCUAAUGAAGUUAUGAGUCUUCAUCUUAAUAGGUCUUUGAUUCCAAUGCUUAGAAGAGCAGGAGCACUUUGGGUUUGA